AUGAUCACACUUUCCCUUCUCUGCGAUCAGUCAUAUUGGCUUCCCCUUUCCCAAUGGCGACACGCUCCGAUAGGCUCUCCAAGCACUAGGUGCUCCUUGAGAAGGGCAAGAGACAGAGUGCUUGCUUCCCCCGCUCUGAGCAAUUCGCUUCAGAAGAGCUUCCGUCUGGAUUUAUCGCCGGAGUUUAUCAACAAUUCCGUGGCCCCAUUCCUCAGUUACAUACAGCACCCAUCAAUCGAGGAUUUUGGGAGUGGACAAUUUCUCCGUCAAGUUGUCUUCAGUAUCAUCAAACCGCCUACAUUCUGGAAUGCCUUUGUUCAGCUCCACAGCCAGAAAAGGCUUAGUGACCAGGCUGAUCGAGGCUUUGCAUGGUUGCUCCUUAAAAUAAUCAGUACCCAGGGCUGCCCCAGUGAAAUCAUCGCCACCGCCCAGCAAAUUUCGCAGGCCCGGACAUUUCUCGUUUCAUCCUCCCUAGAGGUUCGCACUAUCGGCUAUCGCAUUGAUGGCAUCCUGAAGACCCUCAGAACUAGGGUAGACCGGAAGGAUGACUUCCGGCCCGGUGGCAGACAUGACAAUGACUUUGAGUGCUUUCGUGAUAUCUCUAUCCUGCCAACCCCAGAUGAGAUCGCUUCGACGAAGAGGCCCUUCUAUCGGCGUAUGGAUGACAUCUACCAGGUUUCAGUGGAUGAACGAUCGGUCGCUCAUUACGAUAACCAGUUUCGCCUGUUGAGAAAAGACAUGCUGGCAGAACUAAGAAGUGAUCUUCAGCUUGCUCGUGGUCAGAGAAAGGGGCGAAGAUCUGCCUUGAUCAUCUAUGGACUCAAGUUCACGGGCGUCAGCUGUGGUGAGGAGGAGAACCGUCGAAGAGCCUGUAGUGUUCAAUUCGAAUGCACAAAAGGCAUUCCCCGAUUAUCUCACCAGCCCAAGGCCGAACGUGAACAGUUACUGAGUGAUACGCCCAACUUCCUAAAGCGCCAGACCUUUGGGUGCUUGUUGGAUAAGAUGGAGAUUGUCGGGUUUGCUUCUUUAGAUCGUGGGUCGUCAGAUCUCACAGAUGACGUCCCGACGGUCGCGUUGAGCCUGUCUGGUGAUGCCGCCCUCCACCGCGUUCUCGCAUGCGCUAAGAUGGGGCUCCAAUUUGCAUUUCUGGUUGUCAACACUCCCAUUUUUGCAUAUGAGCCAAUUCUCCUGCGAUUGCAAUCGGUGAUAGAAUACUCAUUGUCAAACAUACUGCUUGCGCCAGCUCCCUCACCGGAGCGGCUGACGUUGGAUGAAAAUCUUGAAACUGCUGUUGAACAGAUACGAAACAGCGAGGGCCAGUCACUUCAUCGAAUCAUCCAUACCACGAAGAGCAUAUCCCUGGACAAAUCGCAGCUUCAAUCCCUCUUGGACGGUUUGCAGCAAAGCAUAAGCACAAUCCAAGGGCCACCUGGAACGGGGAAGUCAUUUCUCGGUGCCCUGAUUGCCAAGAUUUUGCAUGAUAAAACAAGUAAGACCCUCAUGAUUAUUUGCUACACGAACCAUGCACUGGAUCAGUUCCUUGAGGACCUUCUGGAUAUUGGCAUCCCAACCACGUCCAUGGUACGGCUUGGUUCCAAAUCUACGCCGCGUACAAAGGAGCUGGGGCUGUUUGAGCAGUCUCGAGGCACAUCGGGCGUUGAUUCAUGGUCUUUUGUGAGCCAGAAAAGGGAGGAACUAGAAGAAGCAGUGAAGAAGUUGCAAUCUUACUCCGCAGAGUACAGCCGUGACUCCAUUUCCAAAGAUGACAUGCUCGAAUACUUGGAGUUGUCCGAGGACAGCACCUUCUUCGACGCAUUCACCGUUCCCGAAGAGCCAACUGGUAUGCAACGCAUCGGAAGACGAGGCAAAAGUAUUGGAAAAUACUAUCUCUGGGAUGCAUGGCGGCAUGGGCGGGACGCGGGUACUCUCCGCGACCUCACCAGUCCUCAGCACGCUUAUAUCUGGACGAUGGCAUUUUGCAGGCGCCGGGAGUUGAUAGAGACUUGGCAGAGAAACAUUCCUUUUGAGAAAUCCACUAAAUUGGUUGAGCUCGUCAGGAGGUGUAACGUUCUUUCUAAGAACCUGGACGAAUACUUCUAUCACAAGCGACAUUGCGCCGUUCUUGAAAAUAAGCGAAUUGUGGCCUGCACAACAAACGCAGCCGCUCGAUAUGCACCAGCUUUGCGGGUCGCUAAACCCGACGUCGUCAUUGUGGAGGAGGCCGGGGAGAUCCUGGAAAGUCACAUCCUGACAGCCAUGACUAUGGACACGCAGCAGCUGGUGUUAAUCGGAAACCACAAGCAAUUGUGCCCGAAGAUCAACAAUUACAACUUGUCCGUCGAAAAAGGUGAUGGGCUGGACCUCAACCGCUCCCUCUUUGAACGACUUAUCUCCAAGGGCCAUCCACACAGCUCCCUCACUACACAGCACCGCAUGCGCCCGGAGAUAUCCCGACUUGUCCGGCAUCUGACAUAUCCGGACUUGCAGGAUUCGGAGAGGACGUGCAAGCGACCACCACUCCGUGGGUUCCAAACUGACGUCGUAUUCGUAAACCAUUGCCAUCUGGAGCGUGAACUUCAUGAAUGUGCCGAAAGAAGGGAUCCAACUUUGAAGGCUAGCAAGCAGAAUCCAUUCGAGGUGGAGAUGACGUUGAAGGUUGUCAAGUACCUGGGGCAGCAAGGGUACGGCACGGAGGACAUUGUAAUUUUGACACCGUACUUGGGCCAGCUAUCUUUGCUGCGGACGGAGCUGAGUAAAACAAAUGACCCGGUGCUGAACGACCUGGAUGCGAACGACCUCAUACAGGCCGGUCUUCAGUUGCCGGGGAGUACGAAGGUGAUUAGAGAUCCAAUUCGCAUAUCAACCAUAGAUAAUUACCAGGGCGAAGAGAGGAACAUCGUCAUUGCGAGCCUGACGCGUAGCAAUGAGGUGGGGGAUAUUGGUUUCAUGGCUGCUCCGGAGCGUGUCAAUGUUCUACUCUCCCGAGCAAGAAAUGCCCUGGUGAUGAUUGGGAACGCGAGUACAUUCCUAGCAAGCCGGAAAGGACAGUCCACGUGGAAGCCUCUGCUAGAGAUGCUUCAGGCCCAUGGUCAGGUAUAUGAUGGUGUUCCCCUCAAAUGUGAAACCCAUCCAGAUCGCAUGAUCGUCGUCCAGUCUCCAGAAAGGUUUGAGGAGGAAUGUCCUGAUGGAGGAUGUUCGGAUCCAUGGGUCUGCCCUACCUGUCACAAGGAGGCGAUUGAGGCAGAGCGGAGAAGAAUUGAAGAUGCCAAGCUGGAGGAGAAGCGACGUAAGAUCCAGCUUGAACAUGCAAAGCAACUUGCGGAGAUUCAGUACAAAAUCGAAAUGCAGCGGGAACGUCUGACCAAUGAGCAGAUGGUCCGAGAUCAUCAAGAGACUCUUGCUCAAAAGCAAAAGGAGCUUGAGAGCCUGACUGCGGUCGCAAGUCGCCUCACUACCUCCCGGUCAGCUGCGACGAAUGAAUCAGCUGGUAGCAUUGGUAGCGAUAACAGUGAGCCCAAAACGGUCACUCUCAAGUCGGCUGCACGAGAUGAGUGGGAAAGGCAGAAGACAGAAGAAGGCCAGUCGAACGCAGCUUUGGACACACUGAUGGGCAUGAUUGGACUCGAAAGCGUCAAGGACAGCCUUCUUGCCAUCAAGGCCAAGGUGGAUGUGGUCGUUCGGCAGGGGGCAAGUCUGUCUGACGAGCGGUUCGGGGCAGCUCUCCUUGGCAACCCAGGAACAGGUAAAACUACCGUGGCGCGUCUAUAUGCCGAAUUCCUUGGGUCUGUUGGGGUCAUCCCGGGAAGCUUCUUCAUUGAGACAUCGGGUUCGAAACUCGCCAACGCCGGCAUUGCCGGGUGCCAAAAACAUCUCAACGAAAUAAAGUCGAACGGUGGAGGAGCUUUGUUUAUAGACGAGGCUUAUCAGUUAACCUCCGGCAACAAUGCAGGGGGUAGCUCGGUUCUUGAUUUCCUGUUGGCAGAAGUGGAGAAUUUGACAGGCAAGGUCAUAUUCAUCCUUGCUGGAUACAAUAAGAAUAUGGAGAGCUUCUUUGCCCACAAUCCCGGUAUUCCAAGCAGGUUCCCUAUUGAACUGCAGUUCCAGGACUAUUCAGAUGAGGAACUGUGUACAAUCCUCCAUCAUCACAUGAACAAGAAAUAUAAGGGACGAAUGCGGGUGGAGGAUGGGCCGGAUGGACUGUACAUGCGCAUUGUUGCACGGCGUGUCGGUCGCGGCCGCGGUCGUGAGGGGUUCGGAAACGCUCGUAGCGUCCACAAUGCCUUCGCACGUAUCACAGAGCGUCAGGCCAAGCGACUACAGCGAGAACGAAGAUUGAAAAAGUCCACCGACGACCUGCUUCUUACAAAGGAGGAUCUUCUCGGUCUGGAUCCGCGCACAGUGCUUAAGAAGAACACCACUUGGGACAAGCUGCAAGCAUUAACAGGUCUCCGCCAGGUGAAGCAAUCGGUCCAAGCCUUAUUCGACACGGUUUCCUUUAACUACCAACGCGAGCUGGAGGAGAAGCCCAUGGUGGAGUUUUCGCUCAAUAAGGUCUUCGUCGGAAAUCCAGGCACCGGCAAGACUACAGUCGCAAAACUAUACGGGAAGCUCCUAGCUGAGAUGGGAUAUCUUUCAAACGGAGAAGUCGUCGUCAAAAACCCAUCUGACUUCAUUGGCAACGUCAUUGGGGGCUCGGAGGCCGCUACGAAGGGCAUCUUGGCCUCCACUCUUGGUAAGGUUCUAGUCAUCGACGAAGCGUACAUGCUAGGGGGUACGUCCUCAUCUUCAGAUGGGGGUACUAAUCCGGAUAUAUUCAAGACGGCGGUCAUCGACACUUUGGUUGCAGAAGUACAAAGCGUCCCCGGUGACGAUGGCUGUGUCCUGCUUCUGGGAUACAGGGAUGCGAUGGAAAGGAUGUUCCAGACAGUAAACGAAGGCCUCUCGCGACGUUUCCCUAUGAGCGCCGCAUUCGACUUCGAGGAUUUCACCGACGAUAGUCUCCAAGACAUACUGAAUCUCAAGCUUGAACAACUUGGUUUUCGCGCGACUGCAGAGGCAAAAUCAGUCGUUCGCCAAUGUCUUAGUCGUGCCCGAAACAGACCGAAUUUCGGCAAUGCUGGCGAGGUAGAUAUCCUUCUUGACAAGGCUAAACUACGCCACCAGCAGCGACUGUCCGCGCGAGAGACUAGGAACAUUGACAUUCUAGAGCCACAGGACUUCGAUCCUGAUUUUGACCGAGAACAGAAUGCGGUCGCUAACUGUCGGAAGCUCUUUCAAGGCGUUGUGGGUUGUGAGCAGCUCGUUACGCAGUUUGAGGGCUACCAACAUGUGGCUAGGAACAUGAAAAAACUCGGAUUGGAUGCUCGGGAAAAGAUUCCUUUCAAUUUCCUGUUUCGCGGCCCCCCAGGAUCUGGCAAGACAUCAACCGCACACCGUAUGGGACAUGUCUUUUAUGACAUGGGGAUUCUCGGGGCCCCCGAAGUAGUGGAGUGCUCAUCGUCCGAUCUUGUCGCACAAUAUGUGGGCCAGACCGGCCCAAAAACCGAGAGACUUCUUGAAAAGGGACUGGGUCGCGUUCUCUUCAUCGACGAGGCGUACCGGCUCGCAGACGGCACAUUUGGGAAAGAGGCCAUGGACCAGCUGGUGGAUUGUUUGACAAAGGAGAAAUUCUUUAAAAGGCUGAUUGUUAUCCUGGCCGGGUAUGACGAGGACAUCAAUCGCCUUAUGGCAUCGAACCCCGGCCUCACCAGUCGUUUCUCGGAGACAGUCACAUUCAAGAACUUGACUCCCUCUCAAUGUUGGGUACUUCUGCGGGACAGUCUGGGACAGGUCCACCAAGUAGAUCAAUCUGUUGUUCGGCAGCCUGAUGGCCAGUUUCACACGCGCAUCUUGGCGUCCUUUGAACGCCUAUCUACUCUUCCUGGCUGGGGGAACGGCCGGGAUGUGAAAACCAUCUCGGACACCAUUAUUAGGAGAGUCUUUUCAUCUCCUUUAGAGGAAGGCCAGACACAGCUGGUGAUCACUGAAGAAGUGAUCAAUGCGGUCCUCCAGUCCACAAUUCAGGAGCGCCAGCUGCGGGCGACGGCGACCGUCCCGAAUCUGCCGACUUCCCUCGCUGCCAUGCCAGCGAUGGCUGGACCUUCCCACGCGGCACCCUCCUUCACAGCUGCUUCCUGGGCAAAACAACAAGAUAACCCGUCGACACCACCAGACACUGACUCAGAUGCAGCACCUCCAACAGAGGCCGGCCUGAAUGGGCCUCGCGAUCCAGGGGUAUCUAACGAGGUUUGGGACCAACUGCAAGCUGAUCGAAAACAACACGACGCACAAAUUAAGCACGAUGCGGAGAUCAUUAAUGAGGAAAAGGCUUUGCGAAAGAAACUGGAAAACAACUCAGAGAUCCCAGACGAUGCCGAACGACGUCAAUAUGAAGAGCUAGUUAGGAGGCUUGUUCGGCAAAUGGUUGAGAUCGAGGAGCGAAAGAAGAAGGAGGAAGAAGCACAGAGGAAACUGCGGGAAAUGGGUGUCUGUCCUAUGGGAUAUCGUUGGAUUCCACAGGCCACAGGCUACAGGUGUGCGGGGGGUAGUCAUUUUGUUUCUUCGGCACAGCUGGGCUUGUAA